GUGCCUGACCUCUGUGCACAUCCUGGUCCGCCUCGCCUUCGCCCAAACUGCAGUACUAUAAAUCAGAUUUUUGACGUGUUACAGAACACAAGGCACAGCUGCUACAGCCUGAAGUAUUCGAAAAGUUUUGAAAUACUGCGUGUCUAACAAAAUUCAGUUUUUGUGUGAAUGAAAGUUUUAUUGAGGUGCUGUUUUUCAACCCUAAUCUUAUCACCAAGAAUGAAACUAUUUAAAAAUUAAGAUGCCAACAGAUCACGAGGAGCCCUGUGGUCCCAGUCACAGGUCAUUUUGCCUGAAUGGGGGGAUUUGUUAUGUGAUACCUACUAUUCCCAGCCCAUUUUGUAGGUGCAUUGAAAAUUACACAGGAGCACGUUGUGAAGAGGUUUUUCUCCCAAGCUCCAGCAUCCAAUCCAAAAGUAAUCUGUUUGCAGCUUUUGUGGCAUUGGCUGUUCUGGUCACCCUCACCAUCGUGGCUCUCUAUUUCCUUUGCAGGAAGGGCCACCUCCAGAGGGCCAGCUCAGUCCAGUGUGAUGUCAGCCUCGGGGAGAUGAGCAGGACCAGUGCCCAUCACGGUCAUGGAGAACACUGAAGAGAUGUCAGUGUGAACUACAGCAUGCCUUCAUCUUACAAAGGCAGAAAGUGAAAUACCAUAAGGCUGUCUAUUCUGUUCCACUGGUUCAUCCGUCUGUCUGCAAGAAUCAGAUCUGAAAUCAGCAUUAAGCCACCUCAACUGAAAAUCAAGUCAAGCACCUGACAUCUCAUGAUUUCCUGUGGGAAGAAUUUGAAAUCUUCUGUUUCCAUUAAAACUGAACCUAUGGCUGGUAUUUUCAA